AUGCGCAGUGAGUGCGGGGGUUGGGAUACGGCAGAGCCAGAUUUGCCGCACCAGCAUUCACCAGAUCCCGGUCCAACCAACGCCAUGACGGACACCAGCGCAGACACAGACUCUUUAAGUGAUUCGCUGAAGGCCAUCAGUGUGAGCACAGAUCUGAUCGAGGAAGAGCUGCAGCCUCAUCUGGACACACUUCUUCAGGCCCUGCUGGCCAAGAAGGAAGGAGCUGCAAUUGAGAUCUGCCGAAGUGGGAUUCUGCCCACUCUGGCCCAGGCUUUGAGGACUAAAAGCUCCCUGAGCUGCCAGGUGGCAUUGGUAGUUGCAGAAAUUGCCCGUGAAGCGGCAGUUAGAGAGUCAUGCAUUCAGGCUGGUCUAGUGAAGGAACUGCUUCCACAUUUGCACUGUGACAACCAAGAAAUAUUAUUGAACACAGGUCGUGCUAUCGGACGCAUCUGCUUUGACAAUGCCCAACAGCAGGAGCAGCUGGUCCAGAGCAAUGUCAUCCCCAGGCUACUGUCCAUCAUGAGGGAGUAUCCACAGAACGACCCCCUGCUCAACGUCUGUCUGCUGGCCUUGUGUAACCUCGCAGAUCUCGACUCCGCUCGGGCGGCUUUGAUCUCUCUGGAUGUGGCCGAUGUACUGACCAUUCAGUUGAAGCGCUCCCCUGAUGCAGAGCGCCGUCAUGUCAUUUUGGAAAUACUUGGAUCUCUGGGAGAAAAUGAGACACUGAAACUUCAGUUUGCGGAGUUUGGAGUUCCUGAAGCUCUUUCACAGAUGAUCUGGGCUCUACAGGGGGAGUCAGACCCCCAUGACCUCUGCAGCAUCAAGAUUGCAUCCAACCUCAUUGUCUCCCUGCUGUUAGGAGACGAGUCGAUGCAGAAGUGUUUUGGGGAGGGCUCUGGUGUAGUGUACCAGGAUGUGCUGCUGUGGCUGCAGAGCAAAAACACUCAACUGCAACUGUCUGGAGCUCUGGCUAUCGCAAACUUUGCUCGCAACGACUGUAACUGUGUGAAGAUGCUGGAGCUGGGGGUGGUGCAUCACCUCCUGACUCUGUUGGAGCAGCAUGUGGAUGAAGGCGAUGUGUCAGUGCAGCACGCCGGCCUCAGCGCUCUCAGAAACUUGGCUAUUCCUGCCACAAACAAAGUGCGAAUGCUGCAGGAUGGAGUGACUGAGAGGAUAAAGAGCCUGCUGCGCUCUGACAUGCCUCCAGUACAGUUCAAACUGCUGGGUACCCUGCGGAUGAUGGUGGACGGACAAGAGGAAGCAGCCUUGCUCAUGGGUAAAGACAGUGUGCUUCUUUCUCGAGUGAUGGAAUGGUGUGAAGCUAAAGAUCAUGCAGGAGUGAGGGGGGAGGCCAGUCGACUCCUGGCCGCACUGAUCCGACACAGCCGCAGUCCUGAAGUGGUCUGCGCUGUGACUCAAGCACACGGUAUAAAGCACCUUAUCAACAUGGCCACCAGUGAACAUGUCAUUAUGCAGAAUGAGGCUCUGGUCGCUCUGGCCAUUGCAGCUGCCAUUGAUAUUGAGUCCAUGAAGGGACCCAUUCGUGAAGCUUCACUACUGCCUGUUCUAAAGACAAAUCUUGAAGACCCAGCAGGUGCUGUGGAGGUCAAAUUCAACAGUUUAGGGCUCAUCUGCAGCUUGGCUAACUCUGGUGCAAUGAAGGAAGACCUGGAGUCUGCACAGAUCCAGGAGAGCCUGCAUCAGCUGACGGUGGCCCUGCUCUUCCACUCCAACAGGGAGCAGUACGCAGACAGCACGUUGCACAGCAGCCAGCUGUGUACGUACCGUUUACAGUCUGUGCUCAGGGGACUCGGAGAAAGGAUGGUGACAAUCGUAACUUAUGAGCCCUGGGGUGAGGCCCCAGGACAGGGGCCCGUGGAUCUGUGGCGUAUUGAGUCUCCUCAAGUGAAGGUGGAGGUGCUCACGCUGGGGGCCACACUGCGCGGUGUGCGGUGCAGAGGCAGAGACCAGGAGUGGGCAGAUGUGGUGCUGGGAUACGCUGACGUUCAGGGAUACCUGUCAGAUAAGCGCUACCUGGGAGCUGUGGUGGGCAGAGUGGCCAACCGAAUCGCUAAAGGACGCUUUGUACUCGAUGGCAAAGAAUAUCAUCUUGAUAUUAACAAUGGACCAAACGCACUUCAUGGAGGUCUGCAAGGAUUCAAUAAGGCUCUUUGGAAGGCUGUUCCUGUGGAAGGAGGAGUACAGCUGAGCCUCACCAGCCCUGAUGGAGACCAGGGGUAUCCUGGGGAGGUGCAGGUCACAGUCACAUACCUGCUGCAGGGAGAAACAUUGUCUGCAGAGUAUCAAGCCAAGUCAACUAAAACCACACCAAUCAACCUUACGAACCACUCCUACUUUAACUUGGCUGGACAGACUGCAGACAAUGUGUAUGACCAUGAAGUGUCCAUUAGCGCUGAGUGCUACCUGCCGGUUGAUGACACCUCCAUCCCCACAGGAGAGGUCAGUGCUGUGGCAGGGACUCCCUUUGACCUAAGAAGGCCUGUGUUGCUUGGCCCAAGGUUGAAGAUGGUGCCAGGGCCUGGAUUUGAUCAUAACUUUUGCCUCUGUUCCUGCGAUGCUCCCUGGGCAGAGAGAGCGGCUGCCAGGGUGUGUCACCCGCCCAGCGGCAGAGUCCUUGAGGUGUCCACCAGCCAACCAGGCGUCCAGUUCUACACAGCCAACUACCUGGAUGCCUCUGUAACAGGGAAGGAUGGGGUCAAAUAUGGAAAACACUGCUCCUUCUGUCUGGAGACACAAAACUGGCCUGAUGCUGUCAACCAGAGCUCGUUCCCUAACUGCCUGCUCCGCCCUGGUGAUGUCUACCGUCAUGUGACUUGCUUCACAUUCACCACCUGUUGA